AAAGCUCGAUUUCCCACCACUGGAUUUGGCCGCCAAAUCGAACGAAUAAUACGAUCGAAACCUCAUAAAUCUUGAAACCCAGAAUUUCAUAGAUUCUUUUACUCACUUUCUUCUCGAACUCUUGCUUUCUUCUGUGUUUCAAUCUACUCAGGUGGGUAAAUGGCGGGAAAAGGUGGGAAGGGUCUGUUGGCCGGAAAAACGACUGCGGCAGCAGCAGCUGCAGCUAACAAGGACAAAGAUAAGAAGAGACCAGUUUCAAGGUCAUCUAGAGCUGGUCUUCAGUUUCCAGUUGGUCGAAUCCACCGCCAUCUGAAGACAAGAACAUCCGCCAACGGUCGAGUAGGAGCAACUGCUGCCGUUUACUCUGCUGCUAUCCUGGAGUACCUGACCGCCGAGGUGCUCGAGUUGGCUGGCAACGCUAGCAAAGAUUUGAAGGUCAAAAGGAUCACUCCACGACACUUGCAGCUCGCCAUUCGUGGUGACGAGGAGCUCGACACACUAAUCAAAGGUACCAUCGCUGGGGGUGGUGUCAUCCCACACAUCCACAAGUCUCUUAUCAACAAAACCACAAAGGAAUGAACCCAUUUGACCACCUUUCCUUAACUAGAAUGUUAUUUUCUUGGAUAUUAUUAGAACAAUGGUUUGAGUGUUGACUUUAAAUUUGACUGUAGUAUGUGCGUUUGUAACAAGAAUUUAUGUAGUUUGGCUUUUAAAUGGUAGGUUGUAGGAUUAAAAUAUGAGAUGUCAUCUUGAUUUGUGA